AUGGCGCCCGGGCUGGGGCCGUGGCUCCUGGCCUUGUCCUUGGCCGCGGGGCCGGCAGGGGUGUGGGCGCAGCUGAGGCUGGAGGAGACCGGCGGAGGGCUGCGAGCGCCCGGGGACUCUGUGCUCCUCUCCUGCCACGGAUCCGGCUUCGCCUUCGGGAGUUACGAAGUUCGGUGGUACCGUCAGGCCCCCGGUUUCAAUCCCGAGUGGGUGUCCUACAUCAGCUACUCGGGUAGUACAAAGAGGUACGGGCCGGCAGUGCAGGGUCGAGCCACGGUGUCCCGGGACAAUUCCCGGUCCGAGUCAUCUCUGUCCCUGCGUGACCUGCAGCCCCGGGACUCUGCCCGCUACUUCUGCACCGUUCGGUUUUGGAGCAGCAGUGUGAGGACAGAAAAGCUUAUAUUUGGAAGUGGGACCACUCUCACAGUUGAACCCAACAUUCAAACCAGUUCUGUCCCAGAAGUCAUUGUGAUGAAAUCAAAGAAACUGGAAGAAGGUGGCAGCAUUGGGACAGCAGCUUGUUUGGCAAGGAAUUUCUCCACAAAGAGCAUCAGCUUGGAGAUGUCCUCUAAUGAAGUCAUAUAUGAACAGAGUGCAUCCAUUUUGACAUCAAAGGGGUUGUAUGAUACUAUUAAGGCAGUCAGUGUGACAAAAGGCACAGAGGUGACCUGCACGGCCAAAUUCGAUGGCAGGACUAUUAAAGCCAACACAACAUUGACAGAAAAGGAGGCUGAAGAACCAGUUACAGGGAAGGUUUGCAACACCACAGACACCUCUGCACAAGAUACCAAAGUGGAGAAAGCGAACAUGCUGUCUAUGACUGUGUUGGGUUUGAGAGUCCUGCUGGCAAAAAGUAUUGCCUUCAAUACACUCAUGAGUAUCAAACUGUUUCUUUUCUGAGGCAGUGGGGAUGGAAGGCAACA